AUGGCAGCAUUGGAGCCUAUGGCCUUGUUCGGCCUCGAGGUCCCCGCCGGCGAUGUAGCCAUCACUGCGCGCGGUGAUAUCCCUGCUGCUUUCCGCAUCACCAUGGCUGCUAUCGAUCCUAGUGCUGAGCCGGAGGGCGAGGAAGGCGCAGUCCCUCGUGCUACCCUCAAGAUCAUCCGUCACUCUCUGCUGGAUGAAGAUGACGAGGACGAUGACGAGUUCGACGUCAAUGAGCUAGAGCGCAUCCUCGGCGAGGCUGACAGUGAAGACGACGAGGAUGAUGAAGACGACGAAGACGUCAAUGGUGGCCCAAGCGACCCAUCUAAGAGCAAAAAGGCUCGCAAGGCUGCUGCGCUCAAGGAGAUCAUGGAAGCCGUUGCCGAGGACGACGAAAUGGACGAGGAUGACGAUGAGCUUUUGGCCAACGGUGCCAACGGCCUUAAGAAAUCCGCCAAGUCCCGUGGCAAGAUGCCUGUUGACGACGAGGAGGAGGACGAUGAUGAAGAUGAUGAAGAUGAUGACGAUGAGUACGGCGCUGAGGUUGAGGAAUUCGUUCUGUGCACUCUCGACCCCACAAAGAACUACCAACAAGCCCUUGACAUCACCAUCGGCGAGGAUGAGCGCGUCCUGUUCAAGGUCACUGGCACACACAGCAUUUUCCUGACUGGAAACUACGUCGAACCCGCCGGUCGCUCAGGCGUCGAUGACUACGAUGAGGAUGACGAGGACGACCAGUAUGGCUACGACCUCGAGCCUGACUCAGAUGAGGAGCUCGAUUACGACGAGGAGGAGGAUGAGCUUGACGAUAUUGAGGACCCUCGCAUCACUGAAGUCGACGACGACGAGGCCCCAGUCCUUGCGAAGGUGGAGAAAAAGGGCAAGAACAAGCGCACUGCCGAAGAGGAGAUUGACGGCAGCGGCCUUGACGCUCUGAUCACCAAGGCUCGCGAGGCCGAUGCCAGCGACGCAAAGCUCAGCAAGAAGCAGAAGAAACAGAAGAAGAACGACGGCACUGCUGCCGCUGUUGAGGAGAAGAAAGAGGUAGCGAAUGGUUCCGCGAAGUCCGACAAAAAGGUCCAAUUCGCUAAGAAUCUCGAGCAGGGCCCCACCCCGACCAAGGAGCAGUCCAAGGGCGCUCUCGGCAUCAAGAAAGUCCAAGGCGUCACCAUCGACGACAAGAAGCUUGGUACCGGUCCUGCUGCCAAGAACGGCGACCGCGUCGGCAUGCGCUACAUUGGCAAGCUUGAGAAGAACAACCAGGUCUUCGACAGCAACAAGAAGGGCAAGCCUUUCACCUUCAAGCUCGGCUCGGGUGAGGUGAUCAAGGGCUGGGACAUUGGUAUCGCCGGCAUGACCGUUGGAGGAGAGCGCCGCAUCACCAUCCCGGCUCACCUCGCCUACGGCAGUAAGAAGAACGGCGAGAUCCCAGCCAACUCGACGCUGGUCUUUGACGUCAAGCUUCUUGACAUCAACCGCGGCAAGUAG